AUGGCUACUAUGCGUAUACCGGUUCGAAUAUUAAUAAUUGGAAUGAAUGCAGAAAUAAAUUCAACGGUCACUGCUGGUCUUAAUGAAGAUAAAUCAAUAUCAGCACGUGGUUUUAUUGUGUCGAACAAUCCAGAGAGUGAUGCAGAAUUAAUCAAUGUUAUAAAAGAACAGGAAUAUGAUGCAAUUAUACUUGGCAAAGGUCUUCGCAUUCAAGAUGGUUGGUUUGAACGAAUUGAAAGUAUUGUUAAGAGGAAUAGUGAUGUGCCCGUAGUGGAAGUUCAAGGACGGACAGCAGAUGCUGUUAAAGAAGCUCUGCAGGUUAAUGGUAUUAUGAAGGGAUGA